AUGUGGCAAAAAUGUUGGAACACAAAUCAAAGUCUCGUACAUAAUUUGAGAUUUCGCGAAAGAGGACCAUUGAAAUCAUGGCGACCGGAAACAAUGGCGGAAGCAAUUUUUUCCGUUUUAAAAGAAGGCUUGAGUUUGUCACAGGCGGCGAGAAAAUUCGACAUUCCUUAUCCGACGUUUGUUUUAUACGCGAACAGAGUUCACAACAUGUUGGGACCCAGCGCAGACGGGGGUGCCGAUUUGCGACCCAAGGGAAGAGGAAGACCACAAAGAAUUCUUCUGGGUGUUUGGCCAGACGAACACAUUCGAGGCGUCAUACGAGCCGUCGUUUUUAGGGAUCCUCAACAUAUGAAAGAAGAACAACAUUUAGGAUUUCCAAGACUUCCGGAUUCGCCAUAUUUAGGAAACGCUUGCGGUAACAAUCCGGAUCCGACUGCCGCCAUUGCUGCCGUAGCACACGGUCUUCGUCAGCAAAUGUGCAACAUGGUAGCAGCUGCUCAUCAUCACGGAGAUGCCGGAUUAGUGAAUAGUUUGAAUCUGUUGAGUCACUGCAAUAAUUUGGGACUCCCAACGAACGGCAUGAGGUUAAACAGUCCUUUAGGUUCCGCUCACGAUUUGAGAAUCAACAGUCCGGGUUCGAGAGACAUUGACCUUUCACCGGGUUCAUCACCGUGCAAUCCUCUAGACGGUUGCGCCGUUAAUCUAUCAACAACAAACGUUAAUUGUAAAACGGAAAUGAAGGGAUCCCUUCGAUCGUCGGAUUCUAAAUCCCCUCCCGGAAUGGCGGAUGAUUACGAAGUCAAUUUAUCAACUCGUCACUUAUCAAAAUCACCCUCGGACGAUUACGACGACAUUGAAGAUUUGGUAAGGAGUUCACCGAGGGGGAGUGGGGGAGGACUCGUCGUCGAACCUUCGGAAGGUGUUGUCGUAGUACGAGAUACAUCAAUGCCAUUAAAAGUAGAAAUAACGGAAUGA